ACCAGAUUGACGAAGUCGCGGGCAAUAGCUAGUAUACAAAUGUAAAUAGUGACGUAUUUUAUUGUGGCUGUGUUGACAUUGAAAUAUGAAAAGUGAGUUUUGUAUUCGCAAAGCAACUGGUUAGUGGUUACAUAAAAACUCCGGCACACUUUGCGCAAGUAUGGCAGUGGCGAGCAAGAGUGUAACCCGACAGGCCGCGCCGCGCGCCGCGCCUUGCUCUUGCACAUUCGCGAAAUAUACUUCGCAACUUAACCGCGCUCGAUGCUCAUUUUUAUAAAAAAUUAGUUUUUCUCAACGACCAGAAAUUAACAGUAAAUAUUAUCACAGAUUAGCAAUAGCACGGUAUUAUGCGAAUAUAUUGGAUAAACGAUAUUGUUAUAGGUUUAUCGAUAAAGAUAAUAAUCUAUCAAGCGCUGUCCGAAUCUGUCACUUCUACGUGACGGUGGUUGUGAAACGGCUAUCUCGUAUGUUAGAGAGUAGGGAACAAUAAGAUAUGGUGAACUAAGAGGUUAGAUAUAAGCCGUACGAGGAAGUGCCGUACCGUGAGGAAAAUGGUGAAAUGUUUUAGGAAGGGUUUUUCGCUGUCGGACCUAUGGGUGUCAUCGCACGAUAAGUUAAGCGACUUCUACUUGUCGGCAUGGCAGCGCGGCGAAUCGCCCGUACCGCUGCUACUGGUGCGGCUGGCGCUGGCUGCAGUGGCCAGCGGCAUCCUUAUAUGGUCGCUGGUGGUCGGCGCGGGCCCCUAUUGGCUCAUCUACCUCACCAACUGGGGCCUACUUCUCGUCACCAUGAUGACGCUCAGCGGCCUCCUCGUCUCUUGUAUGUCACUUUGCAAACCACUUUCCGAUGCAGCCGAGCUGCCAUGGUACGUGAGUAUGUACUGGCUGAUAUACAACAUCACUGUCAGUAUAGCCAUCAUGAUCACACUGCUCUACUGGAUACUGCUCUUUGAUCCUGAGGAGACCAAUGACGGGAGCGCACAAGGUGACAUCUGGCUGGACGUGGCGACGCACGGCAUCAAUUCGUGCAUAACGCUGGUGGAAGUGCUGGCUGCGCGCACGCCCGCUCGGCUGCUGCACGUCUACCAGCCACUGGGUGUCGGUCUGUGGUACGCCGCGUUCUCCGGCGUCUACUACGCCGCUGGCGGGACUGAUGGCAAUGGCUACCCCUUCAUAUAUGAAAUAUUAGAUUGGCGGCAGGGCGGUCGUGCUGGGACUGUGGUGGCCGCAUCCACAGCUUGUUUAAUAGUCAUCUACGUUCUAGUUUGGGGCACAACCUUGUGUAGAGAGAAAUUGUCCCUAGCAACGAUACGGACGACCAGCCAUACCUUGCCACUAACUCCACCCGAUCCUCACACGCAAAUUGUAUGAUUAUUACCUGACAAACUGUCAUAUUUUCAUACAGAUUAUAUUGAGUUUUCGUGCAAUGUAAUCUAGGAUUGCAAAUAAGUUGACACUUGUAUCCGAAUAGUAUUGCUAUCUUUAUUUUAUUCAAAUAGAAUGAGGGGGAUGGUAUUAUUUUCGUAAUACAGGUGCUUCGACAAUGGAGAUUCAUAGUAACAUUGAUAUGUUGAUAUGUUGUACUUAAUUUGUGACUUUUGUGGCUAAAAUGUUAGCCAUUAUGAUGGGUGGUGAAUAACAAUUUAUGUAAUAUACA